AUGUUAUUAGAAUUACCAUUUGAAACAUUACAGAUAAUAUUAACAUUCUUGAAUCGAAAGGAAUUGGCAAGGUUAGAGAUAACAUGUAGUUUGUUUCAAGAGUUGACUCGUAGAGCAUGGUAUAAUCUAUUAAAGACUGAUUAUCUCUUAGUCUCUUUUCCCUCUUCCUCUUCCUCCUCCUCAUCACCAAUGAUAGAAGAAGCAAAAAAGGAAUACUAUCAAAUCUAUCAACGAUUUGAAGUAUAUGAUGGUGUGACGAUUGGGACGUACCAAACAAUCAAGAGAAUAUGGGAUCGUAUAUUGGACUGGGUCCACGAUAACGAUCAACAGUCUUUGCUGCGAUUCAACAACACUCGGUUCAAGAACAAUCAACAGGCAAAUGGUUUAAACAUAAAUACAGACUCGUCCAUCGAGUUUAGUAUACCACUGCAACCAUCGUCGUUUGUCAAUCCUACACACCAACACAAGACUGCUAAAAAGGGAGAGACUGAUUCGGCAUUGACAGUGGUCCGAAAGAUGCAGUUACCAUCAGACUACCUAGUCAGCGUGAUCAUGGUCAACGGUCAAGAGGUUAUAGGAGACCACGGCUUUUUCGGUACACUCGAAUCGUACGGUCAACGCAUCUCUAGUACACUGCUGUCAAUCGAAGCGUCACACAAGAUUUAUGUAGCGCGGUUUGAACGAUUCCGUAUCAAUUCAGACUCGAUGUUUAGAAAGUUGUGGCCCAUUACUUUGUGUCGUCAGACUCACCGUACCCAUAAUAUGGUGAUGGAGACUAUUCAACUGACCGACGACCUAACACUCCAAGUUGGACAAAUCGUCAUCAUCCCCUCCAACUCUAGGUACGCACCAAUCAUCGUUGCCAAUUCAUUUGCAGAGUUUCUCGAUACGAUGAUCACUCGACUCGAAACACAUGUCUAUACACUCCGUGGCAACACCAUUAUCAGGUAUCCCGAGACAUCACCAUACAUCACCGAGACGGUUACCAAUGGAGUACGUGUCAAAGGUAGUGCCGUCUACAACCCCAGUAGUGACCGAAACACCCGUCUCUUCUUUUACCGUAUCACCAUCUCAAUGGAUGCCGACGAGGAUCCAUCAAGAUCAUGUAUAUUAAUCUCUCGUCAUUGGGAUAUUCGUGAUGGUAAUGAUGAAAUUAAUCAAGUUAAUGGUCAUGCUGUUAUUGGUCAAAAUCCUCUUAUUAAACCUGGUACUAAAUUUGAAUAUUGUAGUAUGUGUGAAUUAAGAAAUGAUAAUGGUCAAAUGAGUGGAUAUUUUUUAAUGUUGCCUACCAAUCAGAAUGGUACACCUUAUUCAGCCGUUCCGGAUAUUCAAGAUGAAGAAUCAUGGGAAGAUCCAAAUCUACAAGAUUUAUUAGUUCCUGUAAUCGUACCUCCAUUUAUUUUAACAAUUAAUCAAGUUUAA